UGAUGAGAUUGUGGCAAUGUCCAAAACGGAAUCAGCUUCCUCCUCCUUGUAUGUGAGCGUAAACACACAACUACUGAGGCCCGAGUGAUGUCAUAAUUACAAGCUCCUCCUCCACCGUCUUUAUCCGCCUUUCUUAGCCUCCUCUUCUCUAACAGAUACAUAUCCAGUUCAAUCACCGUUUCGAUCUCUCUGUAAAUCUGUCUCUUUCCUUUCCCCACCUCUGUAUCUGUGUCUCGCUAGGGUUUAUUGCUUUCCCCCUGGGCUUCAAUGGCUGCUUCGUCUUCCAGAAAGACCUGCUUUCAGUGCGAGGACUCCAACUCCUCUGACUUCAGAAAUGGCUGGCGCCUUCGCAGCGGCCACUUCGUUCAGCUUUGCGACAGAUGCGCUUCUUUGUAUGAUGAAGGAAGAUUUUGUGAAAAUUUUCAUUCCAAUGAUGAUGGUUGGAGGGAUUGCGAAUCGUGUGGGAAGUUGAUUCAUUGUGGAUGUAUCGUGUCAUUCCAUGCAUAUAUGCUGUUGGAUUUUGGUGGAGUGAUCUGCAUGGAAUGCUCAAAGAUGAAUUUUAUUCUGGCACGAAAACGAUGUCUAUAUUCAGAAAGCCGAAUACAAAAUGAAGUGUGUCAAGGGGAUGCAACCAGGAAAAUUCAGAUAGAUCCUCAGUACUGGCCUAGAGUGACUGACCCAGAGUUGCAACAGGUUUCGAAAAAAACAAAAUCUAUUGUUGUUCCUUUGUUCGAGAAAUUAUUGUCUGCUAGUGAUGCUGAUCACAAGCUGGCACGUCUUGUGAUACCAAAAAAAUGUGCAGAGGCUUUUUUCCCCAAGAUUACUUCCCCACACGGCUGCUUGGUCAAAAUCCAAGAUACAGAAGACAAGGAGUGGGAAUUCCAGUUCCGAUACUGGCCUAAUAGUGGGAGCAAGAUGUAUGUUCUGGAAGGGCUUAGGGAUUAUAUGGCGUCAAUGCAAUGGCAAGCUGGUGACACAGUGAUAUUUUACAGGAUUGAACCGGAGAAAAAGUUGGUCAUGGGAUUGAGAAAGACUCAUGCUGUUAUACCAGCUUGUGAGGACCAGACUUUGGGGACGAUGAUUGGGUGUGCUAGGAUGAUUGAAGGUCUUUACUACUUUGAUGAUAUCUCUGUUGGAUUGAGCCCGGUGUUCAGUAGCAGGAUUAUUUUCUCCAAGAGCCAAUCUGAAGCUUAUGCUUUUCUGAUGAUGUUUUUCAUGUUUUCCGCUAAACAUUUUGUUUGUUAAGUGUAUCAAGGAAGCCUUUCCCCUGCCCCAAGGGAUAUUAGUGUUUCCCUUUUCAUUCAUCUUUUACUUUAAGUUUGUAAAAGAAAGUUAAUGCUAACCUUGGUAGUAGUUGCCUCUGAUGAAAAUACCGAGUUUUCAUCUAUUGAUUCA